UGUGUUACUUGUUUUGACAGUUGACAUGAAUCCUAAAGAGUGACGGUAGCUGUCAGCUGUCAAGCAGAAACACAAUGGUGUUACUGAAUAUCAUGUGAGAAGAUGGAAAAGUAACCCGACAUACUUCAUGAGCAGUAAAAGAAAACACUCAACAAGACGUUUACAGAGAAUGUAUCUGUAUGACUAACAUAAUGGAUAACUUUGGUUUCACUCGGAAAUACACCUGGACAACCCACACAAAGUUGUCAUGGCGAUGGAGUCAGCCACGGCGUCGGCUCCAGGGGUUGUUGCCAUGGAGAUCCCGGUGCGAGGUGCGCUCCCGGUGGUUGAGGAAGACGAAGGCUACAGCGCGCCGCCACCGCCGGGGUCCGAGGAGCCACUACGGUACCGCCGAGGAGGAGGGAGACGGCGGCGCGGGGUGCCGUUCAACCGGGGCUCCUACUACAUGCUGAUAGUGAUCGGGGAGAUCGGCACGGAGCACCAGCUGGACACCGCCAGAGCGCAGAUAGAGCGGGGACUUCGAUCCUGGGACGUCGACCUCAAGUGCUGCGACCUUGAUCAGCAGCUGCAGCUGUUUAUAACUCGUCACUCCGCCCACUUCUCCUCCGAGGUCAGAGGACAAAGAACUCUCCACCACAGAAGUGAUGUCCUAGAGACUGUGGUGCUCGUCAACCCUUCAGAAGACACCAUUGUAUCAGAGAUCCAGUCUCUAGUCACAGACUCAGCAGGACACAAGCUUCUGGUCUUGAGUGGUCAGAGCUCAGAUCACGGCGGCCUUCUUCUUCAAACUGGGGUUUUCACCUAUCAGACCUUUUCACGAGUCUUUACUGAUCCUGGGGUCAGUGAAUUACUGGGCACAACAGCCCCCAAGCAGCAGGCAACACUUACUGUGUCCUGCCGCGGGGAGGUGGGCUGGAGCUCCCUGGGACAGCAGCAGAUCCUGCGGGAGUUCCUGGAAUACAAACUAAACCCUGAGUCUGUUCUUCCCAAGAUGGAAGGCGUCACAGAGUUCACAGAGUACAUCUCUGAGACGGUCGACGUCCCUUCACCCUUUGACCUCCUGGAGCCACCCACAUCCGGAGGCUUCCUGAAACUGUCCAAGCCAUGUUGCUACAUCUUUCCCGGCGGACGAGGAGACUCUGCUCUCUUUGCUGUGAACGGCUUCAACAUCUUAGUGGACGGGGGCUCUGAACGAAAAUCAUGCUUCUGGAAGCUGGUUCGUCACUUGGACCGCAUCGACUCGAUCCUGCUCACACACAUCGGCGCUGACAAUCUCCCAGGUAUCAAUGGGCUGCUUCAGAGGAAGAUAGCAGAACAGGAGGAGGAGCAGUCCCAAGGCUCCACCAACUACAGCGACUGGAUGAAGAACCUGAUCUCUCCUGAACUAGGCGUGGUAUUCUUCAAUGUGCCAGAGAAGCUCCGUAUGCCAGAAUCUAAUCUUAAAGUGAAGCGCAGCAUUGAAGAGGCCUCGCUGACUUUGCAGUACCUUAACAAACUAGGAAUCAAACCUGAACCGCUUUUUCGAGUGGUCAGCAACACCAUUGAGCCCAUUACUCUGUUCCACAAGAUGGGUGUGGGCAGGUUAGACAUGUAUAUUCUUAAUCCUGUCAAAGACAGUAAAGAAAUGCAGUUUUUAAUGCAGAAGUGGGCUGGCAACAGCAAGGCCAAAACUGGUAUUGUGCUGCCCAACGGGAAAGAAGGAGAAAUAUCUGUACCCUACCUGACAUCAGUUACAGCCUUAGUCGUCUGGCUUCCUGCCAACCCUGCAGAAAAGAUCAUCAGAGUGCUGUUCCCUGGGAAUGCACCACAAAACAAGAUCCUAGAGGGGCUGGAAAAAUUAAAGCACCUUGACUUCUUGCGCUACCCUGUAGCCACACAAAAGGACAUUGCCUCCGGAGCUCCUCCCUCUGUUAUAAAACAAACCAAGUUAAAGCAAAGAACAGACAGCAAAGAGAGUCUCAAGUCGUCCCCGAAGACUACUGCAAAGACCUCAAAGAAAGAGACUGAAGGACAAGAUGAUGUGUCAGCCGCCACAGAGGCAAAGAGUGACUCUGUCAAGGAAAAUAUCUUGGAGAAAAAAGAGGAGAAAAAGCCCACUAAAACUAUAAAAUCUAAAAGUGAUGUGCCAGAAAAGAAAAAACUCCUGAAGGAAAAAUCCUUAAAAAAGCACCCAAAGGAGAGAGUGUCAAAAAUGGAUGAGAAAAAGGACAAGGAAAAGAAAGAGAUCAAGAAAGUAAAGAAGGAUGACUCCGUUAAAAAGGAUGAAAAGAAAGAUGUUAAGUCCAAAGAGGACAAAAAGAAGGACACAUCCAAACCAGAGCUGAGAAAAAUUACAAAGCCUGACCUGAAACCGCUCACACCAGAAGUCAGAAAGACAUUACACAAAGCUAAAGUGUCAAGUAAAGCAAAGACUGGAAAAAUCAAAGCAGCAAAGGCUUUACCUGCUGAGCCGAAGCCUGAGGAGCCGAAACCUGAAACUAUUCAACCUGAACCAGUAGAGAAUGGAGCUGUUGAGGGCACGUCUGUUCCCUCAACCCCAGAAGACCUCACCAAGGAUUUUGAAGAUAUGAAAAAAGCUGAAGUUGUAGCUGUAUCAGCAGAGCCUCAAGACAGUAAUGAGCUGACAGCACAAAGCCUUACCCAAGAGAAGGAGGAAGCACAAGAAACUACAUCUGAAAUUCCACCUGGCACACAGUCUCCAGAAAAGGAGGCAGCAGCCCCAGAAGAAGCUGAAGUUGAAGACAAAGACCAGGUGUUGACACAAGAGAGAGAAAUGGAAGAGGCUCAAAAGUUUGAGGAUGAAGGAGCAGCAACUCAGGAUGAGGAGGAGGAAGAGGAGGAAGAAAAGCCCCCUGCUGCCACGAAGAAAACAGAAGAGGAGGAGGAAGAAGAUAUGGGAAUAGGUGAAGAGGUGGAUGAAUCAAAGGAGGCAAAGGAUGAUGGGCUUGACAGGAAACACGAGAUAGAGGAAAUGGAGAAAUCUGAAAUUCUCGCAGCUAAGGUUGUGGCAAAAGAGGAGCUACAAAUGAUUCCAUCUAAAGCCGAGGAGGAGGAAGAAGAGGAGGAGGCAGUGGAGAAAGCCGAACUGGAGGAAGUGGAAGAUUUAGACGUAAUAGCAGACGAAGAGAUCAAACCCAAAGAUGUAGCUGAAGAAGAAAUCGUCACGGAAAGCAAAACUACUGAAAUCCCGACUGGAGCUGAAGAAGAGGAAGAGGAGGAGGGCUACCUGUCACAUGUUGCAGGGGCCACAGCUCCCAUAACCUCCGUAGUUCAAGGAGCUGCUGCAGCUGAACCCAUCUCCUACAUCCAAGAUGAGACAAUACCUGGCUACUCUGAGACAGAGCAGACCAUCUCUGACGAGGAGAUUCAUGAGGAGGCAGAGGAAAGGAUACCACACCUCCAGUACGACGUUGGUACUUAUGACAUCUCUGUUCCAGAUCAGACCGGAUCAUUUGUAGACAUCCACGGCAUGAGGGAGAUGCAAGCUGCGGCUAUGACCGAGAAAACUUUCAUCCCAGGUGUGCAGGAGCAGGUGUCAGUUUUCACCAACAUCAUCACUGCUCCUCUGGCAGAGGAGGAGCAUGUCUCUUCUGCAACGUCCAUCACAGAGUAUGACAAAGUGUCCUCCUUCCCUACUUCUAUCGCCGAAGACCAAUCUGUGGCAUCUGUCGCAGCACCUCCAGCUGAGGAACCACCCAAAAGCCCUGUCACCCUGUCAACACCACCUGACGCCACCCAAGGUAAAGAACAGCCAACCUCUGCAGGAACACUUUCACCACCGUCUUUGGAAGAAGACAAACAAUCCAAGUCUCCAUCUGAUGACCUAACACUUCCUGUUACAGAAGUAAAGACGCCAGCUAAAGCUUCUGAAGCUCAGGAUGAGGAGGAAGAAGAAGAGGAAGACCAAACUCCUAAUGUUGACAUUUCACUUGAAAAACUUCAAGAGGGCUAUACUUCAUCUCAACUGUUACAGGGUAAAGAGACAGAUAUUGAAAAGCUUGCUGGCUCAGUGUCUCCAGUUUCUAUACAAGACACCAAACCAGUCCACCUCCCUGUCGAAGAAGAAAACAUAGAUGCUAUUGCACCUAAAGAUAUUUCAUCUGUUGUGCCUACUAGACCUUUCGGAUCAGACUCAGUAACUUCAGAGAGUGAAGAGCGCUGCUUCAGUCCGGAUGAUAUCACUGUGAAAAUGGCCUCCCCUCCACAGUCUGGACCGCCGAGUGCAGCUCACUCUCCUCUUCGUCAGUCACCAGUGGAAGACAAGAUGAAGGUCUUCCCCGAUUUAGAGCCGCAAAAGCAAGAGGAGCUCCCUGAUGUCGUCACAGCUCUUGAAGACAAAACUGCAAAGAAAGACGAACCAGCAAUGCAAAAAGAUAUCGACAAACAGAAAGCAGAUCAGCAGGAAGAAGAAAUUUCAACAUCUUUGGAUGAACCAUUUGAGAAGGACAUAAAAGAGGUUCCAGUGAUGAAGGAGACAGAAAAAGAAACUCCAUCAGUGCCAAAAGAUGAAGGCAAACAAGCAGAAACAAUCCCUGAUGCUGCUGCGUCUUUAACAGAAGUUCUGCCACCUGCAUCAGCGAGGGAUUCCCUCGUGUCUUCUGGACAAAAAGAUGAAGAUAUUGACGACAAGCUCAAAGACAAAGAACCUAAAGUGCCUGUUCCAGGUAAAUUUCCAGAGAAGGAGAGUCGUUUCCUGGAUGAUGAUGAUGAUGACAAGAAAGAUGACGAUGAUCACGAUGAUAAAUCUGCAGUUAAAACUGUCCAGGCGGAACAGGAGAAAGGAAAGGACGACACCUCUGAUGUCAUACAAAUCAAGGAUGAACAAAAAUCUGUCAUCCAAGAAGACAUUUCUGCUAUUACGUCCAUCACGGAUGAGAAAGCAGAGAAAGAGGCAAUAAAGGAUGAUACCUCUGAUAUUAAACCCAUCAAAGAUGAGCAAAUUGCAAAAGACGUUCUCACAACUGAUAGAGCCAUAAAAGAUGAACAGAAAGAGCCCGAAAAAGACCAUACUCUUGAAGUCAAAACUACUACAGAAGCAGAGAAGGAAUUUGUUCCUUCUGAGGCCAAAGAUACUAAAGAUGAGCAGAAGCAGAAAGAUGAUGAUUUUGACCUUAAAACCAAAGGUGAAGUUAAAGAAACUGACCUUAAAAAGGAUGACGUGGCUGAUAUUGAGAUUUCAAAAAUGGAGGAGAGAAAAGAGACAGAGAAGGAUGCUACGAUUGAUAUUAGCCCUAUAAAGACUGAAGAGAAAGAGAUUGAAAAAGUACACGCCACAGAUAUCAAGCAGGACGAUAUGCACAUUACUGAGCCUACUAAAGAUGAGAGGGAAGAAGAGGCAGAAACAUCUGAUAUCAAAGUGAUCGAAGAUAAGAAAGAGGAAAAGGAGAUGGAAAAGAUAGAUGCUUCUGCUACCAAGCCUUUUACAGAUGAGCAGAAGGAAAAGGAGAAAGAGAUGGCUGACAUCACUGUUGCUAAACUCACCAAAGAAGAAGAGGUGAUCAGUAAGGAUGAUACAUCUGCUGUUUCCAUGAAAGAAGAAAAGGGGCAAGAGAUUUGUAAAGAUGUUAUCUCACCCGUCAGCAUCACCACAGUGGAAGAAAAGGACGCACCACUGAGUAAAGAUGAAAUUCUUGCUGACAAGCCAACCACAGAGCAAGAAAAAGAGAAAGAGGCAAGUAAAGAUGAUAGUUUGGACACCAAACUUUCCAAGGAACAGGAAAAAGAUACAACACCAAUCAAGGAUGAUGCUUACAUCAAGCCUACGAUAGCAGAAGACAAGAAGGAAGACAUAAGUAAAGAUGAUACUGCUGCUAUUAAACUUACCAAGGCAGAGGACAAAGAUAAGCUGCCAAGUACUGAAGAUACAUCUGCUGUUAAACCAACACUUGGAGAAGAAAAGGAACAAAAGGAAAGUAAAGAGGAUACUGCUGCUAUCAAAAUUACCAAAAUGGAGGAAGAACAUGUAAAAGUAUGUAAAGAUGAAGAUUUCUCUGCUGCAUCAACCAAGGCAGAGGCAAAAGAGACACCUAAGGAUGCUGUCAAACCAGUCACAGAGGAAGAAAAGGGGCAAGAUAUAAGCAAAGAUAUCACAUCUACCAUCAAACCUGCCAAGACGGAGGAACAGGAUGUAAUGAGGAGCGAAGAUAUUUCGGCUGUCAAAACAUCCAAAGACGAAUCUGUUGCUAAACCCACCACAGAAGACGAAAAGGAGAAAGAAACCAGUAAAGAUGUUUGUGCUGACAAAUCAACGAUAGAAGAAGUAAAGGAGAAAGAAACCAGCAAAGAUAUUUCUGCUGACAAAUCAGCGAUGGAAGAAGUAAAGGAGAAAGAAGAGAAAGAAACCACCAAAGAUAUUUCUGCUGACAAAUCAACGAUAGAAGAAGUAAAGGAGAAAGAUGAGAAAGAAACCAGCAAAGAUAUUUGUGCUGAGAAAUCAACGAUAGAAGAAGUAAAGGAGAAAGAAACCAGCAAAGAUAUUUCUGCUGACAAAUCAACGAUAGAAGAAGUAAAGGAGAAAGAAGAGAAAGAAACCAGCAAAGAUAUUUGUGCCGACAAAUCAACGAUAGAAGAAGUAAAAGAGAAAGAAGAGAAAGAAACCAGCAAAGAUAUUUCUGCUGACAAAUCAACGAUAGAAGAAGUAAAGGAGAAAGAAACCAGCAAAGAUAUUUCUGCUGACAAAUCAACGAUAGAAGAGGUAAAGGAGAAAGAAGAGAAAGAAACCAGCAAAGAUAUUUGUGCCGAGAAAGAAGAGAAAGAAACCAGCAAAGAUAUUUGUGCCGACAAAUCAACGAUAGAAGAAGUAAAGGAGAAAGAAGAGAAAGAAACCAGCAAAGAUAUUUCUGCUGACAAAUCAAUGAUAGAACAAGAAAAGGAGAAAGACACCAGUAAAGAUACCUCUGCUGACAAAUCAGUGAUAGAAGAAGAAAAGGAGAAAGCAGUGGAUAAGGAGGAAACCUCCACUGAGAAAUCAUCCAAGGAGGAAGAUGUUUCAGAUCAGGAUCAUGGUGUUGUUAUCAAACCCAUUAAGGAAGAAAAAGAUACAGUAGUAAUUAAGGAUGACAUUUCUGCCAAGCAGGAGGAAAGCAAAGACAUUCCUGGUGUAAAACCCCCUGCAGAUGAGGAGAAGAAGGUAGAGUUGAAAGAUGUUACAUCUGAUGUAAAACUCACCAAGGAAGAGGUGAAAGAAAUCCCAAAGGCUGAAAUUUCUGAAAAAGAAAUUACAGUCAAAGAGGAAGAAAGGGAAAAAGAGAAAGAAAAAAGUUCUGAUUUUGUGUCUGUCAAGGAGCAGAAAGAUGAUACUUCUGUCAAAACUAUUAAAGAUGACAAAGAGGUGGAAAAAAGUGACAUAAUUGACAAACAGAUAAAAAUGCAGGAGGCUAAAGAGCAGGAGGAGGCCGAUGUCUCUGCUGACAAACCAAUUUUGGAAGAAAUAAAGGAUAAAGAAACUGAAAAAGACGACACAAAAAAAGAAAAAGAAACAGAUUCCACUGUUGAGCAACCCAAGGACACAAAAGAGCAAGAGCCAGCUAAAGUUGAAACCAUCGAGGUCAAAGUCAAACAGGACACUUGUGAAGCUGAAUCCAUCAAACAGGAGGCAGAGAAGGAGAUACACUCUCCAUCAUUUACCGCCAAAGAUGAGAAAAAAGGGAAAGAUGAUUAUCCUUUUGAGCCUGAAUCUAAGAAGGAAGAUAAAAAAGAUAUAGAUCUCCCCAUGUCUCAGACCUUGGACGAGGAGAAAACUAAAAAGGAUGAUAUUUGUGGUGUUGGUGAUAAGCAUAUACAUGAAGAAACCUCUGAUAAGCUCACUGGAACUCAGAAAGAGAAGGAAACUUCUGGCGCUACAUCAGUUGAAAAGCAGCAAGACAUUUCUGUAACUACUUCAAGUGAAGACCUGAAACCAGUGAAAGAUGACAUUUGUGUGUCUCCCGGCCACAUCCAGGAGGAGAAAAAGGAGCAAGACAAAGAAGCAAAAGUCAUUAGUAGUCAAGAAGAGAAGAUGGAGAAAGAGAAAGAUGAUGCACAUGUUGCUGAACUGAGCAAAGAGAAGAAAAUGGAAAAGGAGCAGGAAAAAGAAUACACCUACGACACUGAUGACACCAAAGAUGAAAAGACAAAACCACAAGAGGAUGAAAAGAUGAUGAAAGAAAAGGAUGUUGGAGACAAGAAGAUAGAUGACAUUACUGAGAAAGACUCCGAUGCAGACCACACCAAAGAGGAGAAAUGGGAGAGAGAAGAGUUACAGGAGAAAGACCUGGACAAAACCAGUAAACAGCCCACACAGACACUAUCAGGAGAUGCAGCGAUGGCAUCCAAGUCAGAUUACAAACCCGCAUUUGUGGUUCAGUCCUCCGAUGAAGACAGAGGAGAUGAAGAGGAGGAGGACAUUUGUAUGGGAGGAGCAGGCUCAAGACCUUUGUCCGUGGAGCCAAGAAAAUCCGAACAUGACAUCUCGUCUGCAGGCCUGCCCUCAUCCCCAAAACCACCGGCAAGUGACCAAACUAAACCGCCAAUAUCAGAGCAGAGUACAGUGAUCAUACCAACACUUACAAUGCAGGAGCCCUCUAUUGAUGAAGACGUCAAAGACUUUGACAAAGAAGAAUCCAGACUUUCACCUGAAGUCAGUAAAGAUGUCAUGAAAACAGAAACCACAGCUGCGCCACUUGCCAAGCCAGAGCCCUCUUUUGAUAUUGUCACAUCAAAGGAGGAGACUACCACUAUUCCAAAACAAGAAACAGCCUCUGAUGUCACAGCAGCUAAAGCUGAACCAGUCUCAGAUUCAGCUGAGAAAAAGCCUGUGUUGUCAACGGUAUCAAGCACUGACAGUCAACCCAGGAGCUCUACACUCUCAAGCACUGAGAGUCAGUCCAGUGUGGAGGAAAUGCCCCAACAAGAGAAACAGAUACCAACAAGCUCAGUGGUGAGUGCUGCAGAGAAAACAAAGCUGGAGGAGAAGCCAGGAAAGGAAGCAGAGAGGGAGAUGGAAGGAGAACGAGAGGUGGCUUCUCCAGGAUUAUCACAGCCUUGUUCAUAUUUUAUGUUGGAUUCUGAAGACGCCAGCCAAACUGAAGUUGUAAAAUCAGACACUACAAAAAUGACCUCAGAGAAGGAAACGGCUAGUGGAAGCCUCGGAGAUGAACAGCAAACCUUUUGUGCGUCCAAGUACGAUCCGUAUGAAAAGCCCAUUCCAAAAGAUCAUGACUUGGACUCUCGGGAAGAAAGCGAGGUUUCUCUAGGUUUCGAUCACGCCUCUGAUAUUGCAAUUGAUGAUAACAGAAGAACAAGCCAGACAGAGGCUGGAGGAGCAAUGUUCCUCCUGGAUGAUCAGUACAAAGAAGAGCCUCUGUCCUUCAGCAGAGUGGACUACAGCCCGGUGUCCCUCACAGAGAGUGAGAGAAGUAGCCACCAAAGUCAAAGUGCCUCGCCUAAAUAUGAAGACAGAGAGAAAGGCCAAGAGGAAGAGAGUGAAAGAGAAGAAAGACCAGAUACACCUUAUGUUGACAAGAGCUUUUCAUCUGCAGACAUGCAAGAUAACAAAAUGUCCCAGGUUGCUGAGUCUUAUUCUUUCAGUCCCAAAGAGGACAAACCUGAGAAAUCCGAGAAAGAGAAAGAGGACAUGAUGGAAGGUGCUGCAGCAGCAGCUUUUCAACCAGGAGCAACAGGAGUAAGUGAUACAGUUUCCAGCAGUGCUGCUGUUCAAUCAGCCGGCGUAUCAUCGAGACAAGAAACACCCUCUCCCUCAUGGAGCCAAUCAGAUCUUGGUACCCAGGUUUCAGCUACUCCCACGGCUUUUGCAGAAUUCACAGAAAAGAGAACAACUGAAAAAGAGAAAGAAAAAUCUGAGUCACUCAAAGACAAAAUUGAUUCCUCUGAUCAUGACAGAGAGGGAUCUCCAUCUGGUCGGCAUUCACCUGCAGAAAAAGACAUUUUACCUCAACAAGCAUCACCUUUGGAGAAAGAAGAAACUUCAAGUGAUUCAAGGCCUGCAUCUGCUGCCACAUUUUCAGGACACGAAAUAGACGAUAAUGUUUUGGCAUCUGACAAUAGUCAAAUUAGCAGCUCUGCCUCUUGUAAAUCCAUGUUAGACCUUCCAGAUGGAAAAGAGAGCCUGAUAGACAAAAGGUUACUUGUAGAGGGGGAAGAUUUCAACGUUGAUGAUGAUGAAGACGACGAUGAGGACGAGGAGGAGGAAGAAGAGGAAGAGUUAAGUGAUGUAGAUAUGGAAAAGGGUGCCAGAGAACAAUCUGAAAAAGAAAUGUGUAGACGUAGCUCUGGGGAUAGUGCCACAUUAGCAGAGGCAGAGGACUCAAAUAAAAAGUCUCAGUUGCCUGAAUCAAGUUUCCUUAAAGAGGAAACAAUCGGUAGAGCAACACCUGAUGAUGCCUCGGCUUCAGACAAGCAGGACUUGAGUAAAAAACCACCAUCUCCAGAAGCAAAACCACCAUCCCCAGAAGCAAAACCACCAUCCCCAGAAACAAAACCACCAUCCCCAGAAACAAAACCACCAUCUCCAGAAACAAAACCACCAUCUCCAGAAACAGAACCACUCAAAGAAGAUACAGCCACAUCCAAACUUCCUGAGACAAAGAGUGAAGAUGUAGGUAAAACAACUCCGCCCCCAGACUCAAGCGCUCAAAGAAUGGAUGAAAAGAGUUUCACUACAUUAGAUGCUCCGAAACUUCCUGAAACAAAGGAAGCAGAGGACACAGACAAGAAGCAUCUAUCUCCUGAACCAACCACAAAGAGAAGGUUGUCUUCAGCCGGGGAUUUUCCACCUCAUGAAGACCUGCCGUCAAAAAAAGGAGGUGAUGACAAGGGGUCUCUAUCUCCAAGCUUUUUGACAAAGGAAACGUGUCAACCAACAUCCACAAGCAGCGUGACGGGCAGCUUUUUGCCAUCUGAACAUUCAGAAUCCGUGUCCAAGACUACAUCUAGUCCCUCCCCUCCUCUAAGCAGUAGCUAUGCCGACAUCGGACAGAGUAGAUCUGAAGGUUAUUCCGAGCAUUUCUACAGUGAGGAGAGUCAAGUAGGAUUGAAGGACGAUAAGAAAGAAACCUCUGUGCUCUCAGAUGCCUCCGGGCUGUCCAAGCGAGGCGAUGAUAAAUAUUACAGCCAAAGAGACACCCAAGAAGUAAGUCUAGAUGAGAGGCAGACCCUAGAUAUCACCACAAAACAUGAAACUGCCUCAUCACCUUGCACAUACACCACCUUAACAUACUCUUCUUCAACAUACUCCUCCACAUCAUAUAGUUACUCGUCCUCAUCGUCAACAUCUGCUCCUUUGAGCCAAAAGUUUGAAGAAAAAGCCCAAACUUUCACAACGCCACCAAGCUCUACAGUACCUCUAGCCAAAGAGGAGUCGUCGUUUACAACAGAGUCUACAAGCUCCUGCUUUGGAGGGUUUCAGAGAGAUGAGUACAUGGAGGUGACGGCGAAACCUGUAACAAAGGUGACCUUACCCAGCCAGUUUGAUGAGACCAAACCAUCCUCUUCAGUGUUGUCUACCACUGCCAAACAAACUGAGGAUCGAAGCAGUUCUGCAAAGCCUGAAAUGGCAACAAAGUCAAGCACUGAUAGUUUUCAUAUGCUAGAAACUAAGAUUACAACAUCUUCUGCAGCGCCAUCUUCACAAAGUAUCGAACCAGUAAAGGUGUUAGAGAGUUUAUCCACAUUAGAGGCUCGCUUUGAUGUCUCUCCCCUCCAAAGGGCUGACUCCUCUGACAAGGUGUCCCAAGAGUCAUCGGAAGAUGAAGAGCCUGUUACACUUGAAAUGGAUGACAGCACUCUACCAUGUCGUAUUGAAUGUCAAAAAAUCAAAGUGUCUGAGCAAAAGGAGACUUUUUCAUCAAUAACUGAGUCAUAUGUGGUUGAAAGUACCACACAGUCCACAGAGACGAAAACAGUCACCAUCACCUCUACUGCUGUUGUGUCUAAACCUGAUGUGGUGAUGGAAACAACUCAACAGACAGCCUCACUUACUUCACUGAGUGAUUGUGGAGCUAGCAAAACCACAUGUGCCACAACAGACGUGUCCAAAACAGAGGAGAAAGAGAAAAUGGAUAAAACAAUGGGAGUAAAAGAGGAAAAGACAGAUGGAGCUAUUUCACCUUUGAAGGAGGAUGCAAAGGCUUCAGGAAAAGAUGAAAGGACAGAGAUGGCUAAAGAUAGUGAAGUCAAGCAGAAAGCAGAGGAAAAGAAACAGGAGGAAAAGAUGUGUAAAGACAGCACAGAGGAGAAAAAGGCAACAGCUGAUCCAAAGAUGUGUGAAAAAGCAGAGGAUGGUAAGAAAGGAGAGGCAGAAAAAGUGGAGGAGAAAAGCUUUUUGGACAAACCACCAGAGAGAUUAGAAACCAGGAGAAGGAGCAGCAUAUCUGAUUGGGAGCUACUACAGAGGCCUGAAGACUGCCCAAGUGCCCCUCCUCCAGGUUAUGGGGAUGAUGAUGAUGAGGAGGAAGAGGAAGCAAUGGAAGCAAUGGAAUGGAUGGCAAGUGUCCACAGUACCUCUCACACAGAAACAUCCAGUACAGGAGCCGUGAGGGCUGAUCGUCCCUCUGACUUGAACACCGGCGCCACCUCCUCCUCCUCUGCCUCUCAUCCAGGCUACUCCUCCUGCGAAUACAAACAUCGCAAAGGAGAACUUUCUCCGUCGUUCAUCAACCCGAGCCCUCAUCAGCUCUCCAGCGACGAGGGGGAAGGCGAGGAGGACGCUGGCAGUGACCACUCCCAGGAAGGGGAUGAGGACGAUCAGGAGCAACACUCUGUGAAAAGGAGGUCGCACAAGCAGAGGCGCCACCACGCUCAGAGUUACCAUGGAGACGCUGGACAAGGGCCACAACAGCAGCCCGGCGCCAUGUCAUCUGGCUUGGCUGUGACGUUAGCUGGAGAGGAAACACCUCCGACAUCAGUGAGCGAGUCAUUGCCGUCACAGUCUGAUUCUGAUGUCCCUCCAGAAACCGAGGAGUGUCCGUCUAUAACAGCUGAAGGAAAUCUGGACUCAGACGAAGACGCUGAACAUCUGCCAGUCGACAAAUUAUCUGGAGCCGGGGGUGGUCACCAUCCUCCAUCACCAAGGUCAGCUCAAAAGACUCAUGACCCCCUACCUACUCCAAUGAAGGACCCGCAUCCCCACCCUCCACACCCAGAUGUGUGCAUGGUAGAUCCAGAGGCGCUUCCCAAUGACCACAGCAGCACAGAGAAACUUCUGAAAAAGGAGCACAAGACCACCAAGGGCCUCAGAAAGGGCAAGCCCAAGUCAGCCUCUCCCGCUCGUAAGGGGGAAGUCAGGAAAAGGUCCUCUACUCCAGUGAAGCAGACUUCUAAAGACUCUGCCUCACCUCGAUCAGCUUCCCUCAGGAGGAAGGACCCAGACAGAAGCUCCAGGCUAAUCAAGAUGUCUGAGACCCAAGGCUCCAGGAGUGAGCUGCUCAACCCAGCGAAGGCCUUGGUCAACGGUGUCAAGAGCAGUUCAGGUAACAACUCCCAGAAAACUAGCUCGGCCGUCCCCCCUGGACCACCAAUCUAUGUCGACCUUGCCUAUGUGCCCAACCACUGCAGUGCCAAGAAUGUGGACCAGGAAUUCUUCAAGAGAGUGCGAGCUGCAUACUAUGUGGUGAGCGGGAACGACCCUGGCAGCGGAGAGCCCAGCCGUGGAGUUCUGGACGCCCUGCUGGAGGGCAAAGCUCAGUGGGGCUCCAAUUUACAGGUCACUCUGAUCCCAACCCACGACACUGAGGUGACUCGGGACUGGUACCAGCAGACCCACGAGAGGCAGCAGGACCUGAACAUCAUGGUUCUGGCCUCCAGCAGCACCGUAGUCAUGCAGGACGAGUCCUUCCCUGCCUGCAAGAUCGAGUUCUGAGCUACACGAGCCCCGCUGUGCUUCCCCUGCCCCUCCCAUCCUCCCUGUCCCUGUCAUCUGUUCUUACUGGAGGUAGAGCGAGAGCUAACAGCACUCUCUGCUCCUUCAAGGCUUCUCGCUCUCUCAUGGUACCAGUCUCAAAACGCAUCUGCUGCAGCUCUCGAUACUCUAGAUUCUGUUAGUUGAAGUCAAAGUCAAAACUCUGGGUUUAUGCUCUCUGUGACAGUGGGGUUAUCACGCAAAUAAUAAUGUACUUUUAUGUUUGUUUUCUUCUGUGAGUUAACAGUCUGCCCAAACACACCUCUUCUACUAGCACUAACAAUCGUGGUUACAAAAUGUAAAACAUUUACUAGCAUAAUAAUGCUUUUGCCUCAUAUCUAACAGAUAAAUGGACAUUAUUAUCCCACAAAUGCAUAAUGCCACAGUUAAACUAUAGAAUAAUAGGGUGUAGAUCUUAAACUGUGUGGCUCAAAUCUCAAUUAAUUUGGAAAUGUGAUACUCCCAAGAGGCAAAUCUCUCACCUAAAAGAAGUGCCAAAACAGUUCUUAUUAGUUAACUCCUCCAAAACAUCUCCUAAAAUCAAAAAGUGAUCAAUAAUUUUAGACUGUGUGCACAGUGUCUUUAGAAGAUUAGACAUUUUUUCAGUUUAUUUUCCAUCUGUGCACAUAACAAACUCAUCUGUUGCAAUUCUGAUCACGCUACAGUAGUUUUUGGAUUAACUCAAUAACGACAUAAAUUGAUGUUAUGUAAAAGACAAAAAAAAAAAAUUAAAUUACGUCGUCAUUUGUGGUGAGGUUUUAGGAGGUGCCUGAAGUUGCCACUGUUUGAAAUCUUUCUUCUCGGCUUUCACAGCUUAGCUGGUGCAUGAUGCUUGCGUUUUAGCUCGGACUCUUUCAGAACUGCGUAGGGUUAAUCCUUCCUUUAGCCAGCCUUCAAGUGUGGAAUGCAGUAUAGUGUAGAUAAGUUACUACACUGUUUGGCUGAACUCAGUAGGCGCCAGGCACAAAGGACGAUGUCUGUACACUAAUCAUAUCUCUGCUGGAUGUAAUGGUUCCUCUCUAAGUCUUUAUCAUGCUCUUUGUUGGUUGUAUGUACUACAGUAUACACAUAGGGUAAAUGUUUCUAUAUCAAUACAGAGGUUAUGUUAAAUAAAUUAUAUAUUUUGUGAUGAUGCAGCAAACUAUGAGGCGAAUGCAACGUUUUUGGUCAUGCGUUUGAGAAGAAGGUUUAAUUAACAUUAUCUGUCAUUUCCUCCUGUUCAGCUACAUUUUACUGUCUCUGUCAAUAUCACAAAGCGAUGGGAGAAUAAAAAAAAACAAAAAAACAAGCAGUGACCUGUGACAAAUGUAGCAAUGGAAGCUUGUGCGCUUGUCCCUUCGGAGGAAGCGUUACGCCAGUGGAAACUGCAAUAUUUAUAUUUAUUAUUGGGGUUAUUUUUCAGGACAAAAAAAGUGUGAAGUGUGUUACAGGAGGCUUCUUUCAUGUGCCUUUUAGCUUGUGGUUUUGGAGUUUUGGAGAGAGGGGAAUAUUUUAAGGACAUGUCAGCCAUUUUAAAGCGGAACCAGAAACCAGGGUAAAACAAAGAAACCAAGUACUUUGAAGCAGAGGACCAAUCAGUUCACACAGUACACGCACAAACUUUAGCCACACCCAGGACGCUCUGAAACACUACACUAAAUAUCUUUGGAGCUCUGAAAUCCGAUUCAGCAUUAAUCCACAUUCUGAGAUGCCACUUUUAAACAAAUAUGAAUGUCUCUGAGCAAAGUGUUGCACCAAAUAGGAAUGUACUUUUCUGAGAGUUUAAGAGUCGGAUUUCUGUCUCUAGUUGAAGCACAGAGUGUGAGUGUGGUAGCAGAAAAUAACUGUUCACUGUAUUAUGAAAUAUUCUACAAGACGUUUCUCAAAAAAACUGAGCUUGCUGUCAAACACGGGACGACACUUUAAUUAUAAAGCAAUUACGUACUAUUAAUCCCAGAGUAAUAUUUAAAGAAUGAGCAUGAAUGUGAUGAUUAUGAUUGUACAGGACGAAGAUAUAAAGUAGGAAUAUCUUUGAAGUAGUGUUGUGUGUGUGAGUAUACGAUACACACCGAGUAGCUGUUUUUGUAACGCAGCAUGGUGCUGAGGCGAGUGACUUAUGUGGGUUCAGUACGAAAGGUCUUUCUGCUUGUUCACAGACUGAUUGGAGAGUCGCUCAUGUGCUGACGUAGAACAUGAGGCCAAGUUUUAUUUCUUCAUUUGUAUGUGAAUUUUUAGAGUAACAAAUUUACAUUUUCCAAAUUUGUGCUGAGACACAAAUUUGAUUAGUUUUUAAAUUUCAUUUUCGUCUAAAUAAGAAAUACAUUUCUGCCAAGUCGGCUCAUCACAUGAUUUUUAUUUUUGUUUUGUGAGGAUUGAUAUGAAGCGAGGGGACAGGCCAGGCUGGGCGAUAGAAGAGAGGAGGCUUGGGUUUCCUGAAAGGACUUUGUUUGAGCUUUUGACGACACAUUGAUUGUCAGGAUGUUGCCAACUAAAAGCAGGGAGGAUCCUCUGCUUGCACAUAUUAACUAUUCCCUCAACUUGAUUCAAAAAUAUGGGACAACCCCCACAGAAGGCUAGAGCAUGCUGUCAGCUGAUGCUAGCCUGGGACCAGUGCCAUUUUCUCUCCCUGUAAAACUCAUAAAGCUCACACUACCUUAUACCUCAUCUUCCAAAGCCUCCGUGCUCUCCGCUCUGCCCGGCCUCCCCCAACAUUAGACAUGUCCAUUAUGCACAUUGAGCCUUGGUAUGCAUCUCGUGCUUGUGAUGAUUCAGGCAGACAUAGCUUUUUAUUUUCAUCCCACUGGGGAGAGUUUGAUGCAGAUUGUAUAUUAAACAGCUGGGCACGCACAAGUACACACCCUAGUCUGGUGAGAGAUGAUUAAGUGAAGGGCACAUAAAGACGUGCACACCGAGGGGACAGUGAACGUUUAAAAUGACUCCCUUAAAAACAAGCAAAAAGUCCUUUUCACCCCCUCUUCGAUGCUGUCUCGAAAUGUGUCCAAAAAAGCCAGAAAGAAGAUCAGAUUUUGUGGACGGUCUGAUGUGUUGUACUGUCUUUGAAUAGUGUUUUUAAGUUGGCGGAUUCCAAAUACCCAGCCUUGAGAUGUUCAAGGCAUCAGUUAGAACGCUGUGAAUCACUCAAUACUGAACUGUAUGACGAUACAGAAGCUGAAUGCACUAUACAGGAGAUCUAUUUUUCUGAAUGUAGAGUUGGUACUACCAUGCGAAUGCUGCUGGAACAAAACAAUAGACAAAAAAAGAAAUAAAAAACAAAACAAAAAAACAAAACACUCACACCAGCCUGGACAGAAAUACAUUUUUAGGGAGCGCAGAGUGAGAGCAGAUACUGUUGUUCUGUCUUGACAAAACUGUCAUUUCGAUUACGGUUCUGCUUCAGAGGAGAAAAGUUUGAUUUCUGACGCGACAGAAAGCAACUGAGAUCCUGUAACAAACAUAUUAACAGUAACACAGAAAUAGUACUAACUGCAGCUGCAACUUUUUCCUUUUCCUGAAUAUGACUUGAAACACAUGCAGACUCAAAAACCAUCGAUGAAAUUAAACAAAUGCUACAUGUACAUGUACGUACUGUGCACACAGAUUUGUACAUAAUCGCUCCGGAGAGAACAAAUCUGAAAGCUACAACAAACGAUCCUUCUUGUGAUACCUGCUCAUUUUAACUGGUUUUAGUGACAGUAUGACCCAAACUGCUAACUACUCCUCGAACCAAGAAAACUACACAAAACGCUGACAAGAUACAGAAUGGAAAAAAAAAAAAAAAAGCGUCUUUCAGUUCAAUUUCAUCACCAUACCUGCAUUGAAAUGAAGAUAUCAUUUGGUCAUCUGUCCAUCUAAUCUCUCUGCAUGUGAUUUAUUUAGUUAUAAUCCUGAAUGUAAUUGUUUAACAUGGAAAUAAUAAUAAAAAAUACAAUGCUAUUUUAAAGAGGUAUAUUUGAGAAAAAAAAAGCUAAUUGUCUUAAAUGGUACUGAAAUGACCUACAGUAAUAUAAUACUGGGCUGUGCUUUUAUUGUUUGCCCUAUUAACAUGUUGUUAAGAAGACGCUGUAUUGGUAGUUCUGUUUGAUUCUCUCUAUCUCUAUUUUUUUUUUUGCAUUGUAUUAAUCUUAGUUAUGUUUUUCUUCCUCAACGCGAUAUUCAAUAUCUCUCUGUCUCUUUAAAUCUAACUGGUAAAACUAGAACUACUGCAGAUUCAUUGUAAAAGGGAAACAGCCUGGUGAUCAUCAAUUAAAGUACAUUUAAAUCUAAAUGUGUCCUGAGUGUCUCUUUUGUCCUUUUACAGGUCCUUUUGUAUAUUGAGUGUUAGUAACUAAAACAAUUAGAGUAACCACAAAGUCAGUAUGUCAUAUUACACGAUUGUGGAGUCAUAAAAUCGUGCCGUGACUUGGCCAACAGACAUGACACACUACAUGAUGGUCCACACCAAUUGACCUAUGACUAAGCCACGCCCCCCUCCACUCACUCAG